GGUUCUUUGAUGGGGGGAAGUGUCCCAGCUGGUUGGGACCUCCACAGAGAACAUCUCCUCACUCAUAUCUACCUGAUCCAGAUGGAAUCUUGAUGGAAGUGAACUAACCCUCUCAGAUCUAUUGAUGAUGUCUUUCUAUUUUUCCAGGACACGCCAUGGAGAAACCCUCAAAGGAUCGUCUCACUUUAUCUCCAGGUUGUAAAAUGGAAGAUGAGGACAUCCCAGGAGAUUGUGGAGGAGAAAAGACAAUGAGCUCCACUAUGGAUGGAGGACUUCACAGUGUGGAUAGACCAUGGAAUCCCUCCGACUCUGAGCAACCUCGUACUGUGAGGGGUGGUGACGGGAGUCAGGGGGAGGGGAAACCUUCAUUUCCUGAAUGUGAGGAAAGUUCUAGCUCUGAAUUACGUUUUUUUAAGCAUCAGAGAUCUCACACAGGGGAGAGACCGUAUUCCUGUCCUGAGUGCGGGAAAUGUUUUUCAGAGAAGUCCGAUCUUUACGUCCAUCAUAGAACUCACACAAGGGAAGAGGUGCAUUCCUGCUCUGAGUGCGGGAAAUGCUUUAAAUGCAAAUCAGAACUUGUCAAACAUCAAGUAUCACACACGGGGGAGAGAUCAUAUUCCUGUCCUGAGUGCGGGAAAUGUUAUCCACUGAAAUCAACGCUUGGCAGACAUGUGAAAACCCACACAGGUGAGAAGCCGUAUUCCUGUUCUGAGUGCGGGAAAUGUUUUGCAGAGAAGUCCCGUCUUUACAUUCAUCUUAAAAUUCACACUGGAGAGAAGCAGUACACCUGCUCUGAGUGCGGGAAAUGUUUUCUACAGAAACCAGAGCUUGACAGACAUAAAAUGUCUCACACAGGGGUCAAACCUUAUUCCUGUUCUGAGUGCGGUAAAUUUUUUACGCAGAAAGCAACACUUGUCAUACAUCAAAAAUCCCACACAGGUGAGAAGCCGUUUUCCUGCUCUGAGUGCGGGAAAUGUUUUACAAUGAAAUAUGAACUUGUCAGACAUCAAAUAACUCACACAGGGGAGAGACCGUAUUCCUGUUCUGAGUGCGAGAAAUGUUAUCAGUGGAAAUCAGAACUUGUCAGACAUCAAAGAACUCACAGAGGGGAAAAGCCGUAUACCUGCUCUGAGUGCGGGAAAUGUUAUCUACAUAAAGUAGAACUUGACAAACAUCAAACUUCUCACACAGGGGUGAGACCAUAUUCCUGUCCUGAGUGCGGGAAGUCUUUUCCGCUGAAAUCAACACUUGUCAGACAUGUAAAAACCCACACCGGUGAGAAGCCGUAUUCCUGUUCUGAGUGCGGGAAAUGUUUUGCAGAAAAAUCCUAUCUUUACGUCCAUCAUAGAACUCACACAGGGGAAAAGAAGUAUACCUGCUCUGAGUGCGGAAAAUGUUAUGACCGGAAAUCAGAUCUUGACAGACAUCAAACUUCUCACACAGGGGAGAGACCGUAUUCCUGUCCUGAGUGCGGGAAGUCUUUUCUGCGGAAAAUAACAUUUGUCAGACAUCAAAGAUCUCACACAGGGGAGAAGUCGCAUACCUGCUCUGAGUGCGGGAAAUGUUAUGACCGGAAAUCAGAACUUGACAGACAUCAAACUUCUCACACAGGGGAGAGACCGUAUUCCUGUCCUGAGUGCGGGAAGUCUUAUCUGCGGAAAAUAACACUUGUCAGACAUCAAAGAUCUCACACACUGGAGAAGUCGUUUACCUGCUCCGAGUGCGGGAAAUGUUAUGACCGGAAAUCAGAUCUUGACAGACAUCAAACUUCUCACACAGGGGAGAGACCGUAUUCCUGUCCUGAGUGUGGGAAGUCUUAUCCUCUGAAAAUAACACUUGUCAGACAUCUAAAAAUCCACACCGGUGAGAAGCCGUAUUCCUGUUCUGAGUGUGGGAAAUGUUUCCCAGAGAAGUCCCUUCUUUACCGCCAUCAUAAAUCUCACACUGAGAAAAAGAAAUAAUAAUAAAGAUGAAAAAAGUAAUUCUUCCUUGUGUGCGGGAAAUGUUCCACUGAAAUCAGAACUUGUCACACAUCAAAGAUUUUAUAUGGGUGAGAAUCCGUAUUCCUGUCCCCGGUGUGGGAAGUGUUAUCCGCAUAAAUCAACACUUGUCCGACAAUAAAAAUCCCAUAUGGGUGAGAAGCCGUAUUCCUGUCCCCAGUGUGGGAAGUGUUAUCCGCAUAAAUCAACACUUGUCCGACAAUAAAAAUCCCAUAUGGGUGAGAAGCCGUAUUCCUAUCCUGAGUGUGGGAAAUAUUGUCAUUGGAGAUCACAGAUUCUUCUACAUGAAUCAGAGGAUUCACACAAGUAUUCCUGCGGAAAGUGUGGGAAUUUUUUCUCAAAGAAGUCCACUUUACUGACAUCAGAGGAUUCCCCCAGGCAGAAGACCUAUUCCUGCACAAAGUACGGAAAAUGUUUUUCACAGAAGUCCACUCUUUACUGACAUCAGAGGAGCAACUCUAGACAUUAUAAAACAAUUCCUAUCAUUUUACUGUUUAGUAAAAAUCUUUUCUGUAAAUAUUUCCUGCAACAUUUUUUGUUUCAUUAAAAAUCGUUAAGCUGAAUCUCUGAAGGCUCUAAAUAGAAAUGAAUGAACUUUUUGCCUCUGGUAAGACGUUACUCCAUUGUAAACUCUGAUAUAUUCCUGUCUGGACGUGGCAGCGAGUAAUACAGACAUUUUCUUUAAAGGGCAGGAUUGAAAAUCCCAUAUGGGUGAAAAGUCGUAUUCCUGUCCCGGGUGUGAGAAUCGUUAUCCGUAGAAAUCAACUCUUAUCAGACAAUAAAAAUCCCAUAUGGGUGAGAAGCCGUAUUCCUGUCCUGAGAGCGGGAAGUAUUUUUCAGACAAGUCCCAUCUCUUGAAGACAUUUGUUGGAAUCAGACUUGUUAGAAGCCAUAUUCCUGUCCUGAGGGUAGGAAAUAUUGUCAUUGGAGAUUACAGAUUUUUCUACAUGAAAGACUUCACACAGGUGAGAAGUGGUAUCCCUGUCCUGAGUGCGGGAAAUAUUCUCCAAAGAAGUCCACUCUUUACCGACAUCAGAGGAUUCACACAAGUAGUUGACCCAUUCCUGCGGAAAGUGUGGGAAUUUUUUUUCAACUUUUCUGUAAAUAUUUCCUGCAUCAUUAUUUGUUUCAUUAAAAAUCGUUAAGCUGAAUGCUCUAAAUAGAAAUGUAUGAGCUUUUUGCCUCUGGUAAGACGUUACUCCAUUGUAAACUCUGAUAUAUUCCUGUCUGGACGUGGCAGCAAGUAAUACAGACAUUUUCAUUGAAGGUCAGGAUUGAAAAUCCCAUAUGGGUGAGAAGCGACAUUCCUGUUCCGGGUGUCGGAGCAUCUCUAGACAUUAUAAAAAAAUCCUAUCAUUUUACUGUUUAGUAAAACCUUUUCUGUAAAUAUUUCCUGCAUCAUUUGUUUCAUUAAAAAUCGUUAAGCUGAA